CCUUGAGCUCUGGGGCGGCGAGGCUGUGCCCGGCUGCUCCGCAGGCACCGCCGGACCCGGGAGCGGAGCAGCGCAGCGAGGAGCAGAGCAGCGCGGCACGCCGUGCAGGUCGCGUUCCGGGUACCCCGCCGAGCCGUGCCAGGUAAAAGGGCACAGAAAACAGGAUGGACUGGGGAUCUCUGCAGAACGUUUUAGGAGGUGUAAAUAAACACUCCACCAGCAUCGGGAAGAUAUGGCUCACAGUCCUGUUCAUCUUCCGUAUCAUGAUCUUGGUUGUGGCUGCAGAGAGAGUCUGGGGGGAUGAACAACAAGAUUUUGUCUGCAACACACUUCAGCCUGGAUGCAGAAAUGUUUGUUAUGAUCACUUCUUCCCCAUCUCUCACAUCAGACUCUGGGCCCUGCAGCUCAUCUUCGUUUCCACACCUGCGCUGCUGGUGGCCAUGCACGUAGCUUACACCAGGCACGAGAAGAAAAGGCGGUUCAGAAACGGUGAGAAAAUUGAUAUUGAAGAGUUGAAAAAUGAAAAGAUUCACAUUCGAGGUGCCCUGUGGUGGACAUACACCAGCAGCAUCUUCUUCCGGGUUGUCUUUGAAGCUGUCUUCAUGUAUGUAUUCUAUUACAUGUAUGAUGGGUACCAGAUGCCUCGCCUGGUGAAGUGUGAUGCUUGGCCUUGCCCCAACACAGUGGAUUGUUUUGUGUCUCGGCCCACUGAGAAAACCACAUUUACUAUUUUCAUGCUUGCUGUGUCUGGGAUCUGCAUUACAUUGAAUCUGGCUGAGCUGUGUUACCUAGUGAUGAAAAUUUGCAUGAAAGAAUCCAAGAAAACACCAGCUUUAAAGUAAUUAACUGGUUUCAUGAUUUUCUAACUCCCCAUUUCCCUCAAACUAUCUUAUGUGUCAGAAAAGGAUCCGCGAUAUUUUCACACUCAAGGAAAAGGAUAAAAAAGAAAGUUCAUUCAUGUUUUAGAGAUGAUAGCCUCCCUGGGAAGCUGCCACUGAGGCAGGUUUUAAAGAUCAUGAGCUAAUUCAGUAUUCCUGCAUCUGCAAAUAGAGAGAGCAGCCUUCUGGCAAAAGCUUUUCCAACACAGGGUCACUUUUCAUAAAGUGCAAGUGGAAAGGCCCAGAGAAGGCUCUAGUGCCCAAAGCAGAGCAGGAAUCACAAAUGCACUGUGUUGUCCUCAGAGGCAAGUCAGUAAUAAAGGGUUGCAGUCAAAAGUGGGGUGAAGGGUUUUUGCGGGGGAAGUUAAAGCUUGUGAAAGGGAAGACAGGGAGGUGAUUGUGUUUAUAGCAGGUGUCUUAUUCUCUCAAAUAUUCUGGAGAACAAGGAAAUGGAAUAUGGGUACUCCAUGGCAAUGCAUGCUAUCAGCUCUGCUGGGAACCAAUAAUGGCUUUUAUUUUUUUGUCUCCUCACCUGCACCAAGGAGCAUCUCCUACAGGGUUGGGGGUGGUAAGUCUCAACUGCUUGUGAAUAUCAUUAGGUCAGUGCUGCCUCCCUCCACUCACAGGGGCCGCAGCAGUGGGAGGAAUUAAGUUUGUUUUUUCAUUCUCUUGGUCAGGAGAAAAAAAGGAUUGUCACCUUUGAGAAGGUGGGGGCAGAGCAACUGUCUUCCUUCACUUGCUCUCCUCCAACACUUUGUGAAGAAUCUCAAUAAAGCAGAUUUUAUUUGACAGAGAGACUUUUACCACAUGAUUUUGCCUCCUUCAGCUGUGUACCUUUAAAGGUUUUUUCCAGUAAAAGCCAAGAAAAAUUGCCUUGUUUCAUUCUGCUUGUUAUCCAAAAGAAGUGCUUUGACACUUAACAGCAUGAUACGCAGUAAAUUGCACCUACCAGUCCUCCUUCAUCAGUCCCUUUUUCCUAUCCAACCUGCACAGCUCUUCUUCAGGAAACUUCCCUAUCUGAGGUACCUUUCAAUUGAGUCCAUCAAACUACUCCCAGUCUCUCUGACAUUUCACACUGAGGCUGAGUCACCAUUCCUCUUACAGUAGGUCUAGCUGGAAUUACACAUAGCUUGUAGAGCUAAAAUAGCAAAGGGACCUAAUCAGAAAUGAGGAGGAACUUGGUAUUUUUUUUGAAGUUCGCAUUGCUGAGCUGUAAAUUGUAUAUUACUAACAUGAAGACCUAUGUGAGUCAGUGUGGUCUUGUCUCUCCAAAGUAGCCUCAAAACAUGUUUUAUGCCUCACAGGCAGCCGCACCAGCACAUACCCAUAAUACACAGUUUAUCUCCAAAGUGCCUGCCCACUGAACUCACUUCUAGAAAACUGGCUAUUUCCCCUCCUUAGCUUUAAGAACUGGCUUUUAUCCAAAAAUGGAUGUGUGCUAUCUCAGCUUCUCUAUUUGCAUCCAUCUCUUACUGCACAUUUAAGUUUAUCACUGCUGGAGUAAACAAAGCAACGUUAAGAUGUGUGACCCCUCACUGUGCACUGGAAGCGGAGUAGGAACAGGCUUCCAUUGCUUGUGAGCUACACCAAGUGUUACCACUUGACUGCAGAUGGAAAGCUGUCAUCUAAGAGGGGACCAAGAAAAACAAAAACACCAUCCUAAGAAGGAUGAACAAAACGAUGAGAAGUCAUUAAUGCUGAGCUGAAUUGGAAACUUGGACUGGUUGAAAACAUCCUUAAUUCAGCUCUAAAGAACAAAGCUUGGCACAUAUCAGGUUUGUGCUUGGUAAAGUUCCUGCAUUGUUCUGUGUACAAGUAUGAAUAGAACAAACUAUCUACACUCCCAGUGCUCUAGUAUUACAUUUCUUUUGUAACAACAGGAUUUUUUUUCUGAAAUUAUAAAUAAAGCACUCAUGUGGUGUCUGUUUUCUGUA